CGAGCCACGCAUCCGCAUCACCGAGGAGGGUGGCGCGGUGGCACUGCCUGCAGGAAUCCAGUUGUAAAGUCCACACACGAGGCAAAAAUGCGCUGAGGGGAAAUCUGUCUGGAGCUCGGUUGUUAACCAAAAAUUACCUCACGGCACUGAGACAUCAGAAGAGGGAGAGAGAGAGAGACGGAGAAAGAGAGAGAGAGAGAGAGAGAGAGAGAGAGAGAAAGAGAGAGAGAGGGGGAAACGAAAUCCGACUGGAGAUGAAUACCAACGAUGCCAAGGAGUAUCUCGCACGCCGGGAGAUACCUCAACUAUUUGAGAGCCUGCUGACAGGUUUGAUGUACUACCGGCCCGAUGACCCCAUCGACUACUUGGAGGGCUGUCUGAAGAAAGUCAGGGAGCUCGGAGGACCGGACAAAGUGCGAUGGGAUACAUUCGUGGGGCAGGAGAAGAAGUCCCUUCCCCCUCUCAACGGGGGCCAAUCACGCAGGUCCCUCUUCAGAAAUGUGUUGCCCGACAGCCCCAAUUUUCCCUACAGACGCUACGACCGCCUCCCUCCCAUCAGCCAGUUCUCCAUCGAGAGCGACUCAGACCUGUCGGAGACAGCGGAGCUCAUAGAGGAGUACGAGGUGUUUGACCCAUCAAGACCACGGCCCAAAGUCAUCCUCGUCAUCGGUGGCCCUGGCAGCGGCAAAGGAACACAGUGCCUGAAGAUCGCUGAGCGCUACAGCUUCCAGUACGUGUCCGUGGGCGAGCUGCUGAGGAAGAAGAUGAUCCACAACGCCACCAGCAACAGAAAGUGGAGCCUGAUCGCUAAAAUCAUCACCAACGGAGAGCUGGCACCACAGGAAACCACAAUAACUGAAAUUAAGCAGAAGAUUAUGAAGAUCCCAGAUGCUAAUGGUAUCGUCAUAGAUGGGUUCCCUCGAGAUGUCGGACAGGCCUUGUCCUUUGAAGACCAGAUCUGCACUCCUGACCUGGUGCUGUUCCUGGCCUGCACCAACCACCGCUUGAAGGAGAGGCUGCAGAAGCGAGCCGAGCAGCAGGGACGACCCGACGACAACCCCAAGGCCAUCGACCGGCGCCUGACCAACUUCAAGCAAAACACCAUCCCUCUGGUCAAAUACUUCCAGGAACGCGGCCUUAUUGUGACGUUGGAUGCUGACCGAGAUGAAGAGGAGGUCUUCUGCGACAUCAGCAUGACUUUGGACAACAAGCUGUUUCCCUCCAAAGAGCCUGCAGCCGGCCCCAGUGAGCUGGACCUCAGUCUACUGGGUGAAACCAGCAGUCUGGCAGAUGCUGCUUGCAAGUACGAUGAGGUUGAAGAGGAGGAAGAAAUUGGGUAUGCUGAAGGAGCUGCAGACAGUUAUAGUACAGAACAGAGGAAACCAAAGGUCAUCUUCCUGAUGGGUGGUCCAGGCUCAGGGAAGGCUCUCCAGUGUGAACGGAUGGAGGACAGGUUCGGCCUGCGUCGUGUCACCCUGGGUGACCUGUUGUGUAACGAGCUGCAGUCUCACAGUGACAGAGGGCGCCACCUGCGGGACAUCCUGGAGAGAGGAGAGCAGCUGCCCGAGGACACCCUGCUGGAGCUGCUUUGUGAUGCCGUGGCGUCGUCAGUACGGCAGGGGAAAGGUCUUGUGAUCAGCAGCUUCCCCAGAGACCUGAGACAGGCGGAGGAGUACGAAGCCAAGAUGGGUGAACCCAGUGCGGUUCUUCUGCUGAACUGCUCACCUGACACCAUGUGCAGUCGUCUGCAGUGCCGUGGCAGGUCCAGCUCCAGCUCCAGCUCCGGCUCAGGCUUCCAUCCCGGCACAGACAGAGACGGCGCCGUGCACAGGCGGGCUGAGAGCUUCUGCAACAACAGCCAGGCGGUGGCAGCCCACUACGAACGCAAGAGGCUCCUGCACACGAUUGAUGCUGAGAAGUCUCCGGAUGAGGCGUUUGCCCAGAUCUGCCAGGCGAUGGAGUCCGCUCCCACAUUCUGAUCUCUACCAUUCCCUCAACACCACUCCCCCGCCCACUCAACUCAGCUGCCCAGGAGGUGAAGACCUUUCUCACCCCCCACCCCCCCCUCGCACUCACUCCGAGGAGACGCGCCCACAUGACCUCACAUCUGCACCAGACAUAUGCUCAUGAACUCCAGUGGUAUGCAUGUCCCACCUGAUGUUUUGAAACAUUCCCAGCAAUCAGUGAAACCUCUCUCUGCUUUUGACACUGACGAAGCACCUGGCUGUUCUGCGUCAUCUUCUUGCAUUGUCUCUCUCUCUCUCUUUCUCUCUCACAUCAACCUCAAUAUAUGCUGCCAACUGCCGGAUUGAGGCAAAUAAAUGUACAGAGAAAAUAGCAUUCCCUGCUGUGACUGAGAGCGUGUUUCCAGUUGAAUGUGAAAUAUCUCAAUAUCUCUCCCAUCCCCAUACCCCCCACCCCACCCGGAGGAGCUCAGAGAGGGUUCCCGCCAUGUCAGAAAGUGAAAAUGUCAGCGUGUGUUCAUGCUCUCAUGCACAGCAACAUGCUUUACAUUGUAACAAGCAUGCAAGAAUUACAAUCAAGCUUAACUGCCUUUUGUGCAUUAAAUAAAAAGCAGAGUGUUAAAAGAAUAUUGCAUUUGUAUGUUUCCAAGCUCAUCGUACAAGUGCUUGUUCAAGUCUGGUAUUUAACAUUCAAAUAAAG